AUUGUUUUCGAUAAGUUCAAAGACCUUAUGGGAGGCCGCGUGCGGAUUAUGCUAACGGGAUCGGCCCCCCUCGAUCCCCACACCCUGGAGCGAAUGCGCGCCUUUUUCUGCUGUUGGAUUGUAGAGGGCUAUGGCAUGACGGAGACGAUGGGCGCCUCAUUUCUGACUUGGAACGUUUACGAUAGAAACCCGGGACAAGUGGGGGGAGUGUUGCCUUCUUUAGAGUUUUGUUUGUUGGAUGUAAGUGAGACGAUGAGCAAAUACUCGAUCCGGGAUCCGAUCCCCAAGGGCGAGCUCUGUGUCCGAGGCCCCACUGUCUUCGCGGGGUACUUCCGCAAUAAGACCGAGACAGAAAAAGCCAUGGAUAAGGACGGCUGGUUUCGUACAGGAGACGUUGUUGCGUUGUUGCCCAAUGGAGGCGUGCAAAUCAUUGACAGGAAAAAGAAUAUCUUCAAGCUUGCGCAGGGUGAAUACGUCGCCCCUGAGAAGAUCGAGGCAGUGUACCUGCACAGCCGAUUUGUGGCUCAGUGUUUUGUCUUUGGAUUUUCGUCGGAGACUUCGUUGGUAGCUGUGGUGGUGGCCGACCCUGACCAGACGCUACAGUGGGUGCGGGAGACGCGAGGAGCUGCAGCAGCAGAGGCCCACACUUUCGCGGAGUGGCUGGAAGACCCGGAGGUGCAGCGAGUGAUACAAGAAGACAUGCAGCAGGUGGCUAAGAAGCAAGGCCUGAAGGGCUUUGAACUUGCACGAAAGGUUUACUUCCGUGCUGAACAAUUUACCGUAGAGAACGGACUCCUCACCCCCACCUUCAAACUCAAAAGGCAUUACGCACAAGAGGUGAGCUGUGCAGUGACAAACACGCAUGGAGAUGUAGUGGAAAAUUUGGAGUGGCAGUCUACGCACAUUCGUCUGUAA